GAAUGACACGUCUGCAAUAAUCAAAUUUUAAUUGCUCAACACUAUAAUGCUUGAUCGACAGCUUGCCAGUUGCAAAGAUCAAUGUUAUGUUCAUUGUAGAGUAGAAAGUGAAAAGGCAAAGUGGCAAUGACGCAAAUCCCAUAUAGGAUUUGGCCUUUUUCGCGAGGUUCACUCCAUAAAAAGGCGUCUAUCUCGUCACAUGAUCACCGUCCAGAGCUUGGCUAGUGAAUAUUUUGUUGAGAGAUAGAGAGAAAAAAGAUGGAAUCCUCCAAAGAAUUCGACGUCAUCGUGGUGGGUGGUGGCAUCAUGGGGAGCGCGACCACUUAUCAGCUAGCCAAGAGAGCUCAAAAAACCCUCCUUUUAGAGCAAUUUGAUUUCUUGCACCACCGUGGAUCGUCUCACGGCGAGUCGAGAACGAUACGUUCAACAUACCGAGAAGAUUACUACUAUCCUUUAGUAACUGAAUCCUCUCAGUUAUGGGAACAAGCCCAGUCUGAAAUAGGCUUCAAGGUCUAUUUCAAAGCCCAACAAUUCGACUUGGGCCCAUCUGAAAGCAAGUCCCUCCGUUCCAUAAUAGCCAGCUGUCAAAAAAACAGUGUCCCACAUCAAGUCCUUAACCGGUGCUAAGUGUCGGAGAAAUUCUCCGGCCGAUUUGACAUACCGGAUAACUGGGUCGGGGUGGUGACUGAGCUCGGUGGUGUGAUUAAGCCCACAAAGGCAGUUUCUAUGUUUCAAACUCUAGCGAUUAAAAAUGGUGCAAUUCUUAGAGAUAACAUGGAGGUAAAAACAAUAGAGAAAGAUAAUGUGAAGGGUGGGGUUAUUGUGGUAAUUAGCAAUGGUGAAAAAUUUCGGGCUAAGAAAUGUGUGGUCACGGCUGGGGCUUGGGUGGGAAAGUUGGCUAAAAGGGUUGGUGGGUUGGAAUUACCAAUUCAGCCUUUGGAAACUGCUGUGUGUUAUUGGAGAAUUAAAGAAGGAAACGAGGGUGAUUAUGCAAUUGGUGGAGAUUUUCCAAGUUUUGCAAGCUAUGGGGAUCCUUACAUAUAUGGUACGCCUUCAUUGGAGUAUCCGGGAUUGAUUAAGGUGGCGGUGCAUGGUGGGCAGCCGUGUGAUCCGGACAAGAGGCCGUGGGGCCCCGGAGUGUCUUUGAGUCCAUUGAAGGAGUGGAUAGAGAAGACGUUUAAUGGUCGGGUUGAUUCAAACGGACCUGUUGCUACUCAAUUAUGCAUGUACUCGAUGACCCCAGAUGAGGAUUUUGUGAUUGAUUUUUUAGGUGGGGAGUUCGGGAAAGAUGUGGCGAUUGGUGGUGGGUUUUCGGGUCAUGGGUUCAAGAUGGCUCCGGUUGUGGGAAAGAUUCUGUCCGAUCUUGUGCUGCAUGGAGAGGCAAAAGGAGUCGAUCUAAACCAUUUUCGUAUAGCAAGAUUUAAGGAGAAGCCUAAAGGCAAUGCCAAAGAUUUUAAAGAUCAAGUCGACUGCAGUGGCAGUGCCAAUCACCAGUGAAACCAUUUUAUUGCUCUCCCUUUUUGUGAAAUCCACUUUCCAGUCCAUGUAAUAACGAUGAAUAAUACUACUCUCUUCAUAUUAUGUCCCA